AGUAGCGACUGGAGAUUGAAAGGGGGAGCUGCCUCCGCGAAGAGCGAGCGUCGGCGAAUGAGAUGUUCCUCUAAAGGAUUGCGACUCCUUCGAAAGGGAAUAUAAGUUUUAUUCUAAGGCCUCGGGACCACUGUAAGAGCACCUGAUCCAGCUCCCACCUGCUGACCUCAGAGACUGCCAGAGGCUCCGUCUGUGAGACACGCCCACACCUGCCCCGGAGGAUCACAACAGGCCUGUCCUGACAGAGACUUGGAGCGGAGGUCCAGCCCUGUGACGGGGAACAGAGAGCGGGUGUGGACGCUCCCCCCUCCCCCCCGGCGAUGUGUUUGGGUGGAGCCAGCGGAGCGUGUUUGGGGUCCCCCCUGCCCUCUCUCUGCCCCCGUGGCCCGGGAUGCCGGCCCCUGGCCCCCUUCCCUGCUGCCGGGCCCUGAGUUCCCCGGCCGGACCAUGAACGUGUACAGAGACCUGCUGGAGCCCGGGGGCGGGGCUGGCCCCUUCUGCCCCCAGAAAACGCCCCUCCAGCCCAGCGCCUUCCGCCUGCCCAACGGCCACUCCCCCGGCCCCGGCGAGGGCCCCGCCCCGCCCCGCCUGUCCGUGCCCAAGAUGGGGGUGCGGGCGCGUAUCGCGGACUGGCCGCCGCGCCGGGAGUCCUCCCGCGAGUCCCUGCUGGAGAACGGGCACGCGGCGGGGGCGGGGCUGGUGCGCGGGGGCGUGGCCAGGCUGCCCCAGCGCCGCUGCAGGGACGCGGAGUCGGGGGCGGGGCCGGCGGGGCCGGGGGGCGGGGCCUUCGCGCCCCUGCGCCAGCGCUCCAGCAGCGAGGUGACGCUGAGCGAGCAGGACGAGGCGGAGACGGAGGCGCGGCCCGGCCUGUACCGCGAGUACGGCAGCACCUCCUCCAUCGACGUGCAGGCCGUGCCCGAGCACAGCUUCUUCCGCCUGCUCAGCCAGUUCCACCAGGAGAGGCCGGAGCAGCGCUCCUCCGCCCCCGCGGGCGCCGGCCAGUCCCCCGCGCCCCGGCCCGAGGAGCCGCGGCCCGAGGAGCCGCGGGCGGAGCAGCGCGUGCGGAAGAAGAGCGGGGGCGCGGACGCGCUGGGCACCGCCUCGCUGUUCCGCAAGCUGCGCAGCGCCAGCCGGGCGGAGGCGGAGGCCGGGCGGGCGGAGGGGGAGGAGGCGCGCGGCUGGCUGUGCCCCCGCAGCUUCGCGCACUACGACGUGCAGAGCCUGCUGUUCGACCUGCACCAGGCGGCCGCCCGCCGCGCCUCCACGGGCCAGCCGCGCAACACGCCCACCGGGGCGUCGGCCGCCUCCCGCGCGCCCCCGCCCGACGGCCCCGAGCCCGCGCUGCCCGCCGCCGCCGCCGACGACCCCGACCCCGCCGGCCCCCCGGGGCCCGACCCCGCCGACUGCGGCCCCGACCAGCUCCUGCUGGGCUGCCCGCACUUCCGCAACGAGACGGGCGGGCUGAGCGAGCGCAGCGUGAGCUUCCUGAGCUCGGCCGGCGAGCGGGGCGGCGCCCUCGCCCUGCGCCGCAGCAACGCCAGCGUGUCCGUGCUGGAGGCGGAGCCCGGGCAGCAGGCCGGCCGGCUGGAGGCGCUGCAGCAGUACAGCGUGGAGCACGUGGACCUGGGGGCGCGCUACUACAGGGACUACUUCCCACAGAAAGAGCACUGGGACUACUUUGGGACGGAUGAUAAGCUGGGCCCCGUGGCCCUCAGCAUCCGCAGGGAGAAGCUGGAGGACACCAAGGAGCUGAAGGACCAGUAUCAGUACAGACUCAUCUUCAGAACCAGCGAGCUGGUGACGCUGCGGGGGUCCCUCCUGGAGGACGCGGUGCCCUCCACGGCGAGACACGGCACGGUGCGCGGGCUGCCCCUGAAGGAGGUGCUGGAGCACGUGGUGCCCGAGCUGAGCGCCGGCUGCCUGCGGCUCGCCCUCACCGUGCCCAAGGUCACCGAGCAGCUGCUCAAACUGGACGAGCAGGGGUUGAGUCAGAAGCACAAGGUGGGCAUCCUGCUGUGUCGGGCGGGCCAGAGUACGGAGGAGGAGAUGUACAACAACGAGGAGGCCACGCCCGCCUUCCGCGACUUCCUGCAGCUGCUGGGGGAGCAGGUGUGCCUGCGAGGCUUCACCAAGUACGCCGCCCAGCUGGACACCAAGACGGACUCCACUGGCACACACUCCCUGUACACCACGUACCAGAACUACGAGGUGAUGUUCCACGUGUCCACCAUGCUGCCCUACAUGCCCAGCAACCCCCAGCAGCUCCUGAGGAAGAGGCACAUCGGGAACGACAUCGUCACCAUCAUCUUCCAGGAGCCGGGAGCGCUGCCCUUCACGCCGCAGAACAUCCGCUCCCACUUCCAGCACGUCUUCGUCAUCGUGCGCGUGCACGCGCCCUGCUCCGACAGCACCUGCUACAGCGUGGCGGUGACCCGGAUGAAGGACGUCCCCCCCUUCGGCCCGCCCAUCCCCAGCGGGGCGACCUUCCGCGACCCCGCCCUGUUCCGGGACUUCCUGCUGGCCAAGGCGAUCAACGCGGAGAACGCGGCGCACAAGUCGGAGAAGUUCCACGCCAUGGCGACGCGCACGCGGCAGGAGUACCUGCGGGACCUGGCGGAGCACUGCGUGAGCGGCACGCCUCUCGACUCGGCCGGCAAGCUCAACAACCUCAUCUCGCUGGCCUCCAAGAAGCGGGAGCGGGCGCGGGCGCGGGAGGGGGCCGAGCUGGGCGCGGCGGGCGCCGUGGCCUGGCGCGUGCUGGCCCAGGACUUCAGCGGCGGCGGCGGGGCCGACCUGGCCUGCGUGCUGGCCGUGUCCGGGGAGUACGUGCUGCUGCUGGACACCGCCACCAAGGAGGCCGUGUUCAACUGCUUCUGCGCCGACGUCAUCGGCUGGGCCCCCGAGCGGCUGGCGCUCAAGAUCUACUACGGCCGCGGCGACCACAUCGCCGUGCGCGUGCCGGAGGGCUACGCCCAGGACCUGCGCGAGGUGGUGACUCGGCUCAAGGCUCUGACGCUGGGCUGCGAGACGGUGGACAUGACGCUGCGGCGGAACGGGCUGGGCCAGCUGGGCUUCCACGUGCGGCUGGACGGCACGGUGGCGGAGGUGGAGGAGUACGGCUUCGCCUGGCAGGCCGGCCUGCGGCAGGGCAGCCGCCUGGUGGAGAUCUGCAAGGUGGCGGCCGUCACGCUGUCCCACGAGCAGAUGAUCGACCUGCUGCGCACCUCCGUCACCGUCAAGGUGCUCAUCAUCCCGCCCUACGACGAGGGCGGCCCGCGCAGGGGCUGCACGGAGGAGUAUGAAAUGAAGACGGUGGAGCAGAAACCCGAGGCGGAGCCUCUGGCGGCAGGGUACCGCCCCCCGCUCCGCCCCCAGGCCUGGCGCUGGGACAGCCCCCCGGGAACGCACAAGGCCCCCCCACCGCAGCGCUGGGCCCCCGGGGGCGUCCCCCAGCCCAGCGCCCGCCCCCACAAGACCCUGGUGCCCAUCCCGUACAGGGAGCCUCAACACCUGGCCAAGAGGCCAGUUAGUUUCCCAGAGAACCACUACAGCUUGUCUCCUAUGGGGGGCGACAGAGUGCUGCCCUACCGCAACCCCUCCGCCAGCUUCUCCGGCCCCGUGGCGGCAAUCGGCGGGCCUGGGAUGGGCGGGCACUUCGUACGAUAUAAGCCCUCACCUGACAGGUACGGCACCCCUCAGCGCCCCCCGAUGGCCUACGAGCCACACCUCACCCUGGACAUGAUGUCAAGUGGGGAGACCUCCUCCGGAUUCACCAGCCAGGAGAGCACUAUGGAGAGAUGCAAGACAGAGCCCCUGUGGCACGUGCCUGCGUCCUCACGAGGGCCCCCCCUGGGCGGGGCGGGGGGGCCGAAGAGGCCUGGCCGGCAGGACGUCCCGGGGAAGGACUCCCCCAACAGGCACCUGAAGGGUGAGGCUCAGUACUCCAGUCACUCCAGCAGUAACACUCUCUCCAGCAACGCGUCCAGCAGCCACAGUGAUGAGCGCUGGUUUGAGGGCGGGGUGGGGGGGGUGGGGGGCGGAGCGGCCGACCCGGCUGAGCUGGACCCCGACCCGCUGGGCAAGGGCGGCUCCAACGACAGCGGCAUCGACUCCGCCCCUCUGUACACCCCCAAGGCCCCGCCCCCCAAGGCCCUGCACGGCUCGGCCACCUAUAGCGGCCUGCAGGAGCUCGCUGGCCACGCCCCCUCCGCCGAGGCCCGCAGGAGGGAGUCCUCCCCCGCCGUCCCCACGCCGGCCAAUCAGGGCAAGGGAUACCGCACCCGCACCUUCCCCCCGCCCAGCGGCCACGCCGACUCCUACAAACCCAGGGCGUGCUACACUCCUCAGGGGUACCGGACCCCCUCGGCGGACAGGCCCCGGCACGUGAGAGCCACCACGACCACGCCCCCCUCGGGCUCCGCCCAGCCCAGCGCGCAGCAGCUCUCCAGCUCCGCCCCCAAAUCCCUCUACAGCAAGAGCAAGCACGGCGCCUGGCAACCGCGCGACGACACGGGCAGUGCCGCCAACGCCGCCGCUAACGCCACCGCUACCGCUACCGCUAACGCCACGGCCUCCACCGCCAGCACCGCCACCAACAGCAGCUCGGACAGCAGCAGCAGCAGCAGCAGGAAGAGGCAGGUGGAUGUGAACAGUAAGAACGUGUUUGGCCAGCCGCGGCUGCGGGCCUCACUCAGAGACCUGCGGUCUCCUCGACGCACACACACCAGCACCGUGCAGGACGACCUGAAGAAGCUCAUCAUCAUGGACACGCCCAUGGACACACCGCUCAGAGAGCCUUCUCCACGCCGGACUCUGCAGCGCACUUUCUCAGACGAGAGUCUCUGCAGCGGCCGGCGGGACGAGAGCUUCUCCAGCACCACUCCCACGGACAGCCAGCCCUCCGCCAGCGACCUGCUGUUCACCUGCACCCUGCCCACCCGCCGGCACGCCCACGGCUCCGCACAGGCCUCCCUGCUGUCCAGUAAGAAGGUGCCCCUCUCUGCCUCUGAGCUGUCUCUCACGGAGGUGCGGGAUAAGGUGCCCCCGUUGCGGCGUUUGGACCCGGGGCUCAUGCCCCUGCCCGACACGGCCUGCGGCCUGCAGUGGACCAGCCUGGUCAACGCCGCCAAGGCCUUCGAGGUCCAGAGGGCGGUGUCUCUCUUCUCCCUCACUGAUUCCCAGCCUGGGGGGUCAGAGCUGCAGCCGCCUGCCAGCCCAGUGCAGUUCCACACCCCCCAGACCCCCCGCACCACCCCCACCCUCAGCAGUGACGAGGUCCCUAACGACCUGUCAGGGCGACUCAGCCACCUGGAGGUGAUGCUGAAACAGCUGAACAAUGACCUGGAGAGGGAGAAGCAGGAUAAGGUGGCCUUGCUGGCGGAGAUGGCGGAUCUGCGGGAGAAUAACCAGCGCCUGCAGGAGGAGUCCCUCUCCGCCAGCGAGCAGCUCCGCAAGUUCAGCCAGAUGUUCACCGGACCCUCCGGAGACAGGAAAUGAGCACAGGGAUUCCCAUUGGCUGAAGCUACGGGUGACGCCCUCCCCUGGGGGGCGUGGUCACUACAGGCCGGGGCAGUCCUGAGAUGGAGGACCAGAGCGGGCGGUGGCGGGGGCACCCAAUAGGACAGGAUACGCCCCAGAGACAGUCCCUCUGCCCCCCACAUCCUCCCCUGGCCGGGUGGGCCUUGGCACCCAGGACCCCCCACCCCGAUGUGCUCUCCUGGUCCGGAGCAGAAACACGCCCAAUUUUAUCCCCCACCUCUCCCCUGGUGACUGACUGGCCCCGGGCUCCAGUGCAACUCAACCAGACUGUAAUGGACGAGUUGCUAUUGUGACGUGUCUUAGAGAGGUGGGCUUUUGAGUGGAACAGGUACAAUACUGAUUUUUUUAAACGUUAGGCUUAAAGUCUUAAAAGGCUUACAAGAAUCCGAAUCGGUUCUUUUCAAGAUUAUAUCCUCAUCUCUGUUUUUACCUUUACUAAAGUCUUAAUUGAUCCUUUAUUGGAAGAAAAAAGAUCCGUCACUGAGAGACAGGAUGAAUCACUCUGUACUCCUCCCAGAAGGCCGCAUAUCAAAAGCAGAUCAGCCAAAUAGAAGCUCUGUGCGUGACUGUGUCUGUUUACCCGCCGGGCCCGUUCUCAAAUGACUCCAUUUCCCACGCUGCACUGCAGGGUGCGAGUAGGUUUUUUUUAAAAAGAGAAAAGAAAAGAAAAGAAAAACACGGUACUUACACACCGACCUCAGUCCAUUGUUUAAAGUGCGGUACAUUCUCCGGGGUUAAAAUGCGCAGGACGGCACACGUACUGUAACGGAAAGCUUUAAUUCGCCCCGGGCACUACUUCACGACAUUAAUAAUUCAUGGAGAACUGCAGCAGACUGAAUGACUUGCGGAGUAUCACAUAUCGGAGGAAGGUGCUUUCCCAGACACAAGGCCCCCACACUGCACCAGCUGAGGGGGCGCGGUCGAGCUGUUGGCUCCCAGUCCCAGUAACGGCGUUAAGAGCAUCACGCGCAUUCUCCGCGCAAGUGCCGGGCGAGCGCUUUACGCUGAUUGGAGAAGCCUCCGGCUGGAAUACACUCAAAAUAGGAGGCCACUAAAUCAUCCCUCAUUGGUGCUCAGCUCCGAGCGGUCGUCUCCCGCGGGUUCUGGUUUUACCGGAAACUCCCGCUCAGCUUCGGCCUGAAGGGCUGUUUCAGCGUCCGCCGCUGAGAGGUCCCGGUAAUUGGGCGUUAGAAGUGUAGUUAUGGUGGGGAACGUCACUUCUGGGGCUGCUUCUCCGUCUCUAACGGCUGUGCAAGUGAUGUUUUUACGCUACGUGCGUAUGAUUUACUAUCAUUUAUAUUAUAUGCAGGAAGACAAGAUGCUGUUUCUGGUACCAACAGCAGUUUGAGGUGCUCAUAAGAAGGACCCCACAGGCACACACAUACACACUCUCUUUCUCUCACACACACACGCACACACACACACUUACACACACACGCACACACACUAGAGCACAGCAGAGCAAGGCAAUAGCUCACUCUGCUGGAGUUGAACAGGCUGUAAUUGUAGAAAUGCAGUUACAGCAAAUGCGGCGAUACAGCAAACCUACCCAGGAAAAGCUGGAACAUUCCUCAGCAGUGCUGAAUACUGUAAGGGUCGACAUACUUAACCCGGGUCCGCGGGGAUGCUGGCCCAAAUGUAACUGUCAUUGUUCCCGGAUAAACAGCCAUGUUGACGGCUGCAGGGGAAGCCCCCUCGCUGACCCCAGAUCAGUGCACAUUCCCACGCAUGGCUCCCAUCACUCACUGAGCUGGUACUGGAAGUCAAAAAAACAACUGAUAGAGACACUGAUAAAGACAGCCACAAGCCCCCCCCUGCACACCCUCACACUACAGCAGUCUUCACUCUGCCAGCAGAGGGAGCUCUUUCCCUGCAUCACGAGAGCCCUGCAUCUGAGUAUAUCGUUGGAGAGAAGUGAAGCGAGCUCCUUGAUUGAAAUUGAGACAAAAGUCCACACUGAGCGCCCGACCCGGAGAAGACCCGUAAGGGCAGGCGUCCGCGUGACCCAGUUUAGCACGUAAAGCGGGUUGUGAGCGAUCGCACACUGUGUGAACGUAAUAAUGAUAUCGACAGCAAUCGUCGAGCGCCACAGAGUCUCUGUGACACGCAUACAAAAAUAUAAAAACCAGCAAGUGUUUGCACAAAGGGGAUGUUCGACUUGUCUUGAAUGUGUGUCGUGAGUCUGUCGGUCUCUCCGGGGCUGCGCCCUUGUUUUCUGAGGACAGGAAGUGACAUGGCACACCGCCGUGCGCUUCCCCAGAGAUGCCGUAGAUAUCCGUGGUGACCCCACCGUUACUCUACUGUAAUGUACUGUAUGAAAGUGCAUUUUGCUGAAUUAUGUCACCUAGCUGUGGUUCAGCCAAAGAGGCACUAUUCAAGAGCGGGCGGGACACGCGUCCCAAUCCAAAAAAAAAUGAAAAAAAGUAUAUAUCUAUGCUCAUUAAACGUAAAGACACUAUAUUUGUACAGCUAGCUAGCUAGUUUAUAUUCCUAUAUAGAAUCUAUUUUUCUGAAGCGUGUGUGAGCCGUGUGAAGUGAGGGGCAGGAUUUGAAUGUGGGGGGCGGGGCUAGUGGCUCUUGUCACAGGGACGGAUUUUUGUCUGCGGUCCUAGGCUCCCCCCCCCCCCCCCUACCUGUGCCCGGGGUUUCAAGCUAAUUCGGGGACAGAGGGUCUCCUAAAUUCUAUAGGGGCCCCACAUAGAACCCGUUCUCUCAGCUCCACGUGGCUGGGUGGACUCACGUCCAUGCAUGCUGUGGACAAGCCAGCUGAAACUGGACAAGUGCCCCCCUCCCCCUUCCUAAACAACUGGACCCCCCCUCUCAGGACCUCUACUGGCUGACCUUUCCUAAGACAACAUCUAUUUAUUUCUAUUUAUUAUCCGUGUGUACGUGUAUACCCGCACAGCUGUGGCCUAUCAAUAACUGGAAGAGAGGGACACCGCGAAAUGAGAGGCUGAAACCCAGUCCGCGUUUCUGUCCCUGAGCGACACACACUCCCUCUCAUCCCCCCCCAUCCUGCUCACUCUCUACCUCUUGCCCUCUCUUGCUCCCUCUCUCUUUUUCUCUCUCUUGCUCCCUCUCUCUCUUGCUCUCCCCUCUCUUACUCUCUCGCUCACAAACACUCUCAGAAACACAAACACACUAAAUACGUGCAUGUAAAUAACCCUCGGACCCACAGUUCCACACACAGUCGCGUAUAAAAUCUUACUCUCCAAUAAUACACCCCAAGAGUAACAUAGGUCGGACAGAGACACAGAUAUAAGCCCUCUCCCUCUCCUGCGGUCUCUCUUGCUUUUCCAAAAGCUCCCCUUGUGUUUUCUGGUCACGGCCAUCUCGAUGCACUGUCCGUGUUGUCAUUCUUUCAGUACUGUAGUCACUGUCCCAGCAGUGCAGGGGAUACCUGGCCCAGGUGCAGACCCCCGCAAGGUAACGGAACCACAGCAGCAUAUUACUGAGACUUAGGAUCAACACUAACAAACCGUGCUGUGAUUGUUUUGCAAAUGUGUCUGCACCGUCAUUGUCUUAAGUUGUUUUUGUUUUUUUUGUAUUUUGUUUUAAAGAAUUUAUUUUUAUGCAUUUGAUUUUUUUUUUUAGUUGUUUAAGCUAAAAUAAUGAAUAUAUUAAUGUUCACCACAGUACAGAUGCAGGAAUCAUAAACGGUAAUAAAAAGCUUCAAAUUGUAUGUGAUAUUUUUUUGUUUUACUUGUUAUUUUUUAAUAAUUUAUUAUUGGGACACAUUGGCCACUUUUGCAAGCAGAAAAAAACUAAAAACGAUUCUGAGGGGGUAUAAGAGGGCACUCUGCUUCCUAGUGUAAGCUGUUUGAUCUUGGAUCUUUGUACAAAUUUGAUUUUAUUUUUAAUUCUGUUUUUUAUUUUAUUCUGACGUUUGGAGCUUCCUGCAGAGACAGGGGGUGCUGUAGAUGAAAAGUGACAGUUGAUAUUUCUCUUGGUGUCUGCUGGGGAUGUUGUAUCAAUGAGUGCACAUUGAAUGGUGUAAAUUAUCUUCUCAUUAUUUUAUAAGAAAAAAUAUAUUAAAAAGGAAACAAAAUCUUUCAUAAAGUUGGGGUCUUAUUUCUUUGCUCUGGUUGUUUUGUGAUCAUUAAUCAACCUGUAACCAGACUGAUUUCCAUGUCCAUUUUUUGUAUGCGUUUUGUUUCUGCUUGCCAGCUUAUGUGGUGAACGCAAAAUAAAUGUCUAAUAGAAA